UCUUCUAAACCAAAUAUAAUAAAGAUCAUCAGAAAGUUUGCCAUUGUUACUUGCAUAUUUAAUCCGCUAUGAGAAGACUAGAAUUAAGGUUAUGGAGGUGGAUGCAAAUGAAAUUCUUAAGAUAUGUAAAAUAUAUACCUACAAAAUCCUAAGAUACGAAUCACGUCCUUUUAGGAUCGAUAUCCUACACACCAACCGAUCAAAAUCAUAUAUGUGCCCAACUAAAUCAGAAUUCCAAAGUACUCACAAACCUCCCUGAAAAAACCCACAUUAAUACUCAUCAUUCAAGAACCCUAAUCACAGCCCUCUACAAGAAUUAAUUUUUCCUUUCCCAACAAAACUGUUUUCAUUCCACCAAAAUUUAAUGUAGAAGACAAAACCCAAAUACUAGCUUUUAAUUGUCUUCUCUUUUCCCACAAACCCUUUUCUAAACUCCAUGUUUCUCACAAAUUGUCACUAUCAUUCAGCUAAUUCUUAAUAUAUACCGUGGUCCAUUAAUGUCUUCCAAACGUUCUCGUGAUGUUCGGUCGUCGAGUCAGGGAGAGAUUGGGCUGUUGAGCCAUAUUCAGCCGAUUGAAUCUCCAGUAGCCUUUUUUGGGAGGAAACGUCCUGCUCCCAUCACUAACUCAAACUCAAUGACGGUUAAAGACUCCCAGCCGCCGGUAUUGGCAGAGAAGCAACGGACUCGCCAGUGUCGUAUAUUCACAUUUGGAUCGCCAAUUAGGGAGAAGAACGAUGCACUGCCAAAGAACAAGAAGCCUGGUCAAGGGUUUGGAGAGUUUCUAAACGCUUGUUUCUUGUGCAAGAAGAAACUCGAAGAGGGCCAAGAUCUUUACAUGUACCUAGGUGCAUUUUGCUCGCCUGAAUGCAGAGAAGAUCAGAUGGGUUUGGAUGGGUUUGAGAAAGAAAUUGCUAAAGAAUCAUCAACAAGGCUGAAAACAGGAGGAAAGCUCUUCAUAAAAGAUGUGCCCAAGCUGGGGUUUCGCCGUUAAUUAGUAGUUUUAAAGUAAAGGAAUGAAAGUCCAUUUGUUAGUUGCAGAAGUGCAUAGCUGUAAGGUUUUUACGUCCAGCUUUCACUUUUGUUUAGCAAAAGAGCUAUGGGAUUCUAAUUUUCCUCUUAGCUGACAUGUAAAUUCUCAAUUUCUCGUUUUACUUCACAGACACUUAGAUUCUUUUUAGUCUCUUCAAGGGGGAUUGUACUCAAUUUCAAAAUCCCACAGAUAAAUUUUGUUGUUCUUUUUCAAUAUGGUAUUGAAAUUCCAAAGUUUUUCA